CAUCAGACUACCUCAAGCAUUAAGUCGAAGGCAGAGACUAGAAGACAGGGGCGAAUCUCCUUCGCGGUCCCGCGAUGCAGAAGUGAGACUCCGUCAGUGGGGCAGUCUCUCAGCCAGUUUCAAAAGGACUCGUUCCCCAGUCUGAAAGCACAGAGAGCUAGCUUUCAGAGUGUGUUCGUGUCUGACAGGCCUUUCCGGAGACCUUUCCUCCACGAUCCACACAUUUUUACCGUCGCUGACCUUGCAUGGGUACUUGCAAGAUUAUCUACCAGGGGGAACGCAAAGAUCAAGUACAAGCACAUGCUGGCGAACCUCUAGCAGAGGGAGCAGCUUGCGCAGUAGACUUGAAAGCUGGAUGCAACAGAUCUGAACCUGGACCUCAAAACUAGACGGUCCGCUAGCGAAAGGAUAGCAAAAUGUCGGCCGUGCUCGAGUCAACGCGCAGCUUCUUGUUCAAGCGGCGUAAGCCGUUCCUUGUCAUAGGGGGAAUCGCAGGGGGCUGCUAUCUUGCGGGAAAAUAUGCGCUCGACAAGCUACGGCAGGUGCAGAUCAAGAUGGUCGAAGAGCGUCGGGACAAGGAAAACCUGCGGAGACGUUUUGCUCAGAACCAGGAAGACUGCACGUUCACAGUGCUUGCGCUUCUACCGACACUUGGUGACCAACUAUUCGAGAGCAUGAACGUGGAGGAUCUGACCAGCCAGCUGCAAAAGUCUCGACCAUUUCCAGCUUCAGUUCCACGCAUUGGUGCAGAAAACACAUUAGUUUCUGGUCCUCCGCAAGCAGAAGCGCAGCAGCAGCCAGAAACAGGAGGGGCUCAGACAACUACGGAGCCGACGGGAGGAUCAGACGAACAAGUAAAUGGCAGUGCAUCUGCUGUAGAAGCUGAUUCAAAGCCAUAUGAUCUGAGCGAGUCGUCUGGUGAGGUAGACAUCGAGCAGAAGGAGAAGCAAGAAGAAAAGGCAGACGACAGCCGAGCAGGUGCCUCGCAAUACGCAGCGGCGAGACCUCUUGAUCCCCAUGCUCCGCCUUUCGUGUCGCGCGUCAUGUCUGUGGCAGGGGCCACGCACGUUGCGCAUGCAACCAAGGCAGAACCGGCGGCGCCAGCAGCGAGCGACAAGGUGCAGAGUGCCGAAGAGACGGCACCCGUGUCGACUGACUCCACAACGCCAGGUGCACCUACCGAGCCAGAGAAAACUGACAAUGCGGAGGCAUCAGUGCCAGCAGUAGACCAUGUUGCCCCUGCGGACACGCAGCCCUCUGAGCAAGUCUCGGCUAUAGCCACCUCCGCAACGGCGCUGGACAGGAUUGGCGAGCCUCUUCCACCGCCGGUUCGAGCGGAUACGCGUCUGCCUGCGGGUGCAGCAGUUACCGAGAACGGUGCACGCCAAGCGUGCGAAUCACCUGCCGGUGUAUCCGAGCCCACCGAGCCUGCACCGCUGACAGAGGAGCAGAUUCUCGCGGAAAAGAAGGCGAAAUUGGCGCUCUGGAACGAGCUAAAAGUUGUCGCAUUCGCACGCACGCUCACCUCUAUCUAUUCGAUCGUCCUGCUCGCUCUGCAAACCCACAUCCAGCUUAAUCUGAUCGGACGCUAUGCCUACCUCGCAUCCGUCUCGUCGCUGGCCAAGCCGGCCCCGCCGGAUCAUCGCAUCGAUGUCAACGAAGCUGGCUGUUUUGAUGGAUUUUCGGUCGACCACAGCUUCGCGCAGGAGGGCUUGCGCAGUCGACAGACAUUGUCUGCCAACUGCAAAGAGGGAGGCGAGGCGCGGGAGAUCGGUGAGGGGUUAAGCCACGAGACGGAGCGCAUCUACCUGACCUUCAGCUGGUGGUUUCUGCACCGCGGGUGGAAUCUUGUCGCGCAGCGCGUGCGCGUGGCUGUCGAAGAGACGUUCGGCAACGUAGGACUCAAGACGCAGCUGAGCUGGACAGAGUUUCACCAGCUUCUCUCGUCUGCUCGACGGAAGAUCGAGUACGAGGUGCUGGGCGAAGAGCAGCAGUGCGCAACUUCGUCUGGAUCGCAUCCCGAAAAGGGGGGUGACCCCAGGUCUUCCGCCGUCAGCGAGGUUUCUGGAACUACUCGUGGCUCCAAACGGCUACUUGCAAAGCGCUUAAACUUCCUCGAAGCGCUCUUCCCCACCAGCCUAGAAGAGGAACUGUACGUGCUCGUAGAGGCAGGCGCGAUUCCGCCUAAGACGCCAGUGUCUACGAUUGCAUCGGACGCGCAGCUUCGCAGCCUGCUCGAUGAGACGAAAGAUUUUAUCGACUCGCGCGAUUUCCGCUUGGUCCUGCGGCUGUCUCUCGACAAGGCCUUUGCAGUGUUUGAGGACGCGCUGAAGCCUGCUUUCGGCGUCGUGGAUGAGAUCGUGCAGGAAGGCGCACGCUUCCAGGAGCUCAAUGAGGACGGUGAACUUGGUCACAAGGUCCGUCUCGCAGCUCUGUUCCCAACUGUCGCCAAGCAGAGUCAGCUCGCGAUUCAUGGCGUGCCGAACGAGUAUGUCGAAGCAUUAGCCGAGAUCAAGGAGCUCCGGGCGCUGUCGGCUGUAAUUUACUCUGCGUGGUCAAAGCCAUGAAUGUGCCGGGACUUGGACAGCACUGCAGCGCGUUCUUUGAUUUCAUAGAGCACAAAAAGAGCAGGCUGCAUCGAUAAAAACGUUCAUGUCAUUGUAGGGUGC